AUGAGAAGAGGCAAAGUUACAUCUAAAACCCCAGUGCACAGAGAAACAGAAGAAAAUUCAACCUUAGAAGAGUGCGCCUCUGAAAGAUUAAUUGAUGAUAAGCCAAGAAUUCAAGUCCAAGACAGGCAGCGGGAUUAUAAUUCAAGAUUAGAAUUUGAAAUAAAAGAAAAAGAAAGUGCCCUAGCUGGGCUAAAAGCAGAAAUAAGAUCAAGACAAAGAUUGAUAUCACAGCUAUCAGAUAAACCUGGAGAAACAGAAAUCCAAGAAAAACUAAAACGACUUGAAGACGAAAUCUAUGUAAGAGAUCGGCAAAUUGAAGUUUUAAAUGAUAGAGUUAUCGUACUUGACGCCAAGGUUAAAGAAUUUGGAUCUCAAACUUCAAGCAGCCAGAAAGAUCAACUAAUAGAAAAACUUCAAGAUGAGAGGAAGAAGCUCCAAAUAGAGAUAGAAAAUGCUGAAGAAAAAAUAAGAAUUGGAGAAAAUGUGCUUAAGGAUGAACAAAAUAAAUGAUAUAAAGAAAAAGAGCAGCUUUUAUAGGAAAUUCUUAUAUAUUAGAAAUGAUAUAUAAAUUUUUUUAAAAAAAAAUAAUUUGCAAAUUAAAUAAUUCCCCUUUUAUUGAACAACGAAACGUUGAGCGAGUCUAUUGAAGCUGGAAAAACUGAAAUUCUUCAAAAAGAUAGCCAAUUAAACGAUUUAAAGGUAGAUGCUAAAAGGCUUGCAAGCAUUAUCAGUGAAAUGUCUAAACUAAAUACAGAUUUAAAUGAAAAAUUAGAUAUUUUACACACUCAGCUAGAUGCAUCUAGUAAGGAGUCAUUUCAAGCUCGUUUGAAAAUUCAGCAGAUGGAUGAAUUGCAGGGAAAUUUGGAGGAGUUGACAGCAGAAAAUUCUGAGUUAAAAAACAGGCUUAAAAUAGUUACAAAGGAGCUAGAAAUAACCCAAGCAAGCAAGGAUAAAUUGGAAAUGCUCAUAUCUGAUCAAGGAAUAAAAAUUGAAGAUAUUGAAGAAAGACUAAGAAGAGAGAUAGAAAAAUGUCUGCAAUUGGAGCAUAAGCUCCACACAACUGAGUUUUCAUAUCAAGGAGAACUUCAAAGCAUACAGAAAGCGUUAGAAAUGACUUUAGCAGAGCUUGAAAGAGUUAAAAAACAAUUGCAAGCUAGGGAAAUUCAAGAAGAGCAAGAAAAAGCUGAUAGGCUAAGGGAAGCUCAGACAAGCAUAAGAAACCUGGAAGAAAAGCUAACUCUCCAUUUUAAUUAAUGAAGUAAUAUUUAAUGUUUUAAUAUAUUUUUAGAAUAAAUUGAUUCGCUAAUAUUUUAUAUAAAAUCACUUCUGCUUAUAUAAUUAUUUAAAAUUCCAUAUUUAAUUGUAUAAGGUUAUUGAUAUGAAGUAGCGAGAGUAAGAGAUGCCGAAAGAGAACAUAAGUUUAUGAAAGCACAAGAAGGCACUUUAAAAAGUAGAAUUGAAAACUUAGAAAAUGAUUUAGAAUCAAAAAAAAAAUCCAGUGCCCUCAAUGAAAAUCAGCUAAACUCCAAAAUAAAAGAACUUGAGGAUGAAUUGAAAAAUAGCAAACUUACUUACUUAAAGUUUAUGACGUUUAACGUCUCCUAUGGGGUGAGCUUCCCAGAUCUUCCCGCCAUCUCUUCCACGCACCCGGCCCGCAGGCCUCUGGGGCGACCCGCUUUGUGCACGAUGAUGUACUUGGAGUGGUGUUGCCGGCUUCGACUACUCAUGAGUGAGCUACUUCGUUGUAACAUGGGCUGCCUGCACGGAAAAUCCAAAAAAUGGAUUUUCUGGCCGACUCUCGGCAAAAAGGAAAACAUGCAGCCUGGGAGGUAACGCCCAGUUUCACGCUAGGGAGUUGCCCGAUGGGUCGUGUGGACUCUGCUGGGCUUCCCCUUUCCAACUGGCAUGCCUCCUUUUCCCACGAGGGAAAAAACCAUCCCUGAAUUUGGACUAGGGCUAGGCUCUGUUAGCCAGAGUUGCUUACCUAGCAUUGCCGUCCUUUUCUGGAAUGGCAAAACCUUGCUGGAUAUAAUUAAAAUAUGUGUCGAGGCUGUAUGGUCGGAGACCAUACCCAGACGAAGACGCCAUAUUUUUAAUUAUGAAAAAUAGCAAACAAAAAAACAAUCCGAAUUAAAAAAAUCCCUCCAAAGCUUAGAGCUUGAAUUAUCCAAAUCCCAAGCUCAAUCCGUAUCCUUAUCCCAUAGAAUAGAGGGUGAUCUGGAAUAAAAUACACUGUACAUUUUUACGGUCGGAAAUUUUGCUGAAAGUUCCAAGUUUUUUUUUACAGAAAAAUGAACAAAUGUAAAAUUCAGAAUUUUUUGAAAAAGUGCAUUGAAGUUUUAAUGAUAAUCUCCUAAUCGUGAUUACUUGGACAAUCAUAAAUAUUUUCAAAUGAGAAAAUCUUUAAUUUAAGAAGGUAAAUAGAUAGUUUAAAUAUUAAAAAUGAUUGUUAAAGUUAUACAGCAAAGUUCAAUAAUGCGUUCUCUUAUUUUGCGAUUUUUAUUUUUUGAAAGGUAUAUAAUUAUUAUUUUUCCUGCUCUAUUUUUUUUCUAUUGUGCUUUUUCAUGCAAAAUUCCAACCAUAAAAAAGCACUUAAAAAAAUUUAUUUAAGUUUUUCCAUGCGUUUUUAAAGAUUUUUUAAAAAAACUAUUCGCUUAUAUUUAUUCAAGACUUUUAAUCCUAAUAAUUUGCUAUUAAAAAGAUUUUUGAGUAAUAAUACUUUUGUGUUAUAAGUAGGAAAUCUAAAUACUAUUCAGUUUCCCAGACUAUAAUUUAAAAAUUUUAUAGGAGUUUUUCAUGCGCAAAAAUAUCAAUUGGCAAAGCUAAAUUGCUUACCAUGAGAUGCAGUUUUCUGGCUUUAUUUUGAUAGAUUAUUAGAAUUAGUAUCAAUUACAAUGUUAAAAAUAUUUAUCCAAUUCUAUUUAGCUUUUUUCUUUAUUCAAUGCUAUAUAUCUGGCUAAAAUAUUUUUUUCUAAAUUUGUACUUUUUUCUGAAUUUUAUUAUUUUGAGCUUUUCUUGUGAGAAUUUUCAGUUACUUUGACAUUAAAAUUUCCUACCGUAAAAAUUACAGCAUAUUUUAUUCCAGAUUACCCUAGAAUAGAUGAACUCAAAAGCAUGCAAGAAGUUUAUAUCCAAAGAAAUGGACAACUAGAAGCAUCUGCUAAAGCAGCAAAGCAAAAACUAGCAUCAUUAGAAAAAGAAAAAAGUGAUUGGGAAACUUCCAUGCUUCAAAAAGACGAAAAAUUAAAAGAAAUUUUAUUCAAAAUGAAAGCACAAGAAGCUGAUAUUUGAAACCGCGAUACCGAAUUAUUAAGAAAAGAAGGUGAAAAAAUGAAAAUGUCUCAAGAAAUAGAAGAAUUGAAAAAGAAGCUGCAGGAGCUUCAUGCGAAAAUAAGAAGCAUUGUAGCUGAUGAACUUAAAGCAGUUAAUGCGCAGCUAGAAAUGAAAGAUAAUGAAAUAGCAAUUUUAAAAGAUAUGGUGAGAAGUCAGCAAACUCAGCUCAAACAAAAAGAAGGAGAAGUUUCAAGAUAUCGAUCACAGCCUAAAAAAACAAUAAUAAAAAACCAAGACUCAGAAACGAAAAAUGAUGUGUAA